AUGCUUAUUUCCUUUCCAACAAUUUUUCAUCAAAAUUUAUUGGCAUCCUUUUACUUAAUGCUUAUUUUACACGAUUCGAGAAUGUGUGUAUUUGGCCAGUAUUUGGUUGAAAUUUUGGAACACACUGUACUUGGUGGUCAUCGAGCGGUUGUCCGUUGUGAUGCAACUGGGGCGAAUUUUGGCUCUGACAUUGCUACUUUCUCGUUUGGAAUGAAUUCUGUUGGUUGUGCUUUACCAACAGAACCUCCUUUAGCUUGUUCUGAUGUUGAACCUCGUUUGAAUUCAACAAGUCAAUGUGUUGUGGAUUUUGCCGUUGUGUCACGAGGGAACUGCAGUUUUUCUGAAAAGGCUUAUUAUGUUCAACAAGCAAAACCUGUCGGCUACCAAGCAUUGAUUGUAUACAACUUUAAGGGUAAAAGUCCCAAUCCAAUGUCGGGUAGCAAAUUUGCUGAACUUAUCCAAAUUCCUGUUGUUAUGGUUAAAUAUGAAUGUAUGCAAAGUUUACUUGGCCAUUACAGCGCAGAACACGGUCCUGGCUACUAUGAUUUGAUCAAAUAUCUCUUUCCAUUUGUUAUUAUUGUCGGAAUUUGUUUUAUUGUUUUGUUAAUUUCUUUGUUAAUUCGUCUCUGCCGUGAAAGAAGACGUUUGGCAAGAAAGCGACUUCCUCGUUCUCAACUACGCAAAAUUCCAACAAGAAAAUAUCGGAAAGGAGAUCCAGAAGAGACUUGUGCCAUUUGUUUGGAAGAUUUUAAAGAGCCAGAUAAAUUGAGAAUUCUCCCCUGCAAGCACGCCUAUCAUUGUAAAUGCAUUGAUCCUUGGCUAACCAAAAACAGGAGAGUAUGUCCUGUUUGUAAAAGAAGAGUUGGUCCUCGCAAUGUGGACAGUUCGGACAGCGAUACUGAUAGCGAGAGAAUCACCCGAACUGUCUCUUCAUCAGUUGCGGAAGGUGCUGCUGGAAGCAGUUCAUCCUCAACACUUGUAACAACAAGUCGAGACAACCGUCCUCUUUUACAGCAUGCACAACCUAUUGCUACAAUAACUUCAAGUAGCAAUCGACGGCCAAUAGCUGAACAAAUUGUUGUUGCUUCUUUAUUUCAACAACAAAGGCAGCCACAACAACAAACACCUCAAUCAACAAGCGCCUUUUCGCGAGCAUCAAAUUUAUUACAUUUAAGCAGUAUUUUUCAUCCAUCUCGGUGUGAAGCUGUUGGAGCACAAAUUUCAUCUCCCUCCACCACAGAAACUUCAUCAACAGUUAUUGCAGAAAGUGUACCUUCUCAAACAACAACUUUGUCUUUAGAUAAUCAACAACAACCAAUUACCACACCAAUAACAACACAUUUUGGUGAUCGUUUACGUCGAGGGAUUGCUGGAAUUGGAAGUUCUAUUGUUGAUUUGGUUCAUCGUUGUCCAACAAGCAUUUUAAGUGAAUCUAAUACGCAAUUGAUCCCGGAAAAUGAGGAUGAAGAAGAUUCUUUGAAUGCUAGAAGGGAGUCUGAUACACUUUCUCGCCAUACUCUUGAAACGCUGGAUGAAUCAAAUAGUAAUACAUCUCCGGAUGGUCAUUCGAUGACAACAAUUCAUUCAAAUCGGAAUCUUGUCUCUGUUACAGUGGAACUGCCAUCACCGCCUCCCGCAGGUUAUAAUUCAGUGGAAAUCAGUGAAGAAAAAGCUGAUGAAUCAAAACAAAGAUUUAAUGAACAAUAA